AUAUUAAUAACGUUUUGUCCGCCGCGUGUUGACACAAUUGACCGAAAGCUUUUAUUGGCCAAAACUGUGGCCGGAAAUACGGAGGGAAAAAGACCAGUCAGGAAAUGUCCAUAUUUGGAUAUAAAUAGUAAGCAUGCACCCAAAACAUACUGAACAUGUUCAAUCGGAAUAAAUAAUGAACCUAUUUAUGUUUCUACACUCAUAAUACAUUUAAAACAUAUUUAUCAUUCAUAUUCGUCACUCCACUCAAUCCAUUCACUCCUACUUUUCGUUAGCGGCGGCGUAUAUCAGAGGAAGGGGGAGGGGCUUGCUCCCUCGUUGCCAUGGCGACGUGUAAACUGAAGCCCUCCGUGUUGCUAACGAACGUAGCGUCUCGGCUCGUCGGUCAAAAAGUUGCAGUGAGGAAAGAAUCAUGUCGGAGGAAGAGCAGGAGGGCAACACCUCACAGGAGGAGCGAGUGGGUCUCGACGAGGAGCGGCAGGUGGGCAGGUCUAGUCCAGACGAGCAGCAGACUGAGGCCACGACUGAACAAUCUGAGAACGAUGAAGAAAAUGUGGAAAAUGCAUCAGCUGUAGCAGAAGAAAAGCAGACUGAUGGAUCCAACAAUGAGGGGGAAGAGGUGGAAAAGUCAGCAGUUACAGAAGAUCAGCAGACGGAGGCGACGACUGAACAAUCGGAAAACGACGAAGAAAAGUCAGCAGCUACAGAAGAUCAGCAGACGGAGGCGACGACUGAACAAUCGGAAAACGACGAAGAAAAGUCAGCAGCUACAGAAGAUCAGCAGACGGAGGCUACGACUGAACAGUCGGAAAACGACGAAGAAAAGUCAGAAGCUGCAGGAGAACUGCAGGCUGAUGGAUCCAACAAUGAGGGGGAACAGGUGGAAAAGUCAGCAGCUGCAGAAGAACCGCAGACUGGACAAACCAACAACGAUGAGGGAAAUGCGAAAACAUCUGCAGAUGAGCAGCAGGCUGACGCUCCGACUGAACGACCUGAAACUGAUGAGGAACAUGUGGAGAAGCCAACAGCUUCGGACGAGCAGCAGGCCGGUCAGUCCAACAAUGAGGGAGAAAAUGGAGGCGCUGCAGUUGAGCAGCAGCCUGACGCUCCCACUGAGCAGCAGCCUGACGCUCCCACUGAUCAGCAGCCUGACGCUCCCACUGAGCAGGCCAACAAGGAUGAAGGCAACGUGGAACAGUCUACAGCUCCAGGCACAAUGGCGGAGGACGAGAAGAGCGUAGCAGAGGUCGGCGACUUGCCUCCCGGCGCCGUCACCGUGGAGACGACGUCAUCAGACCCCCGCAAUCUGGCGGCAGAGCAGGAAGACACGCCCCAAGUCACCAACGCGAACCUGCAGACUGAUGAUGGCGCUGUCCACAAGGUGCCGGUGGAGAUUGAGCGUGCCUGUCUGGAGAAAGACUUCCUGGGCGGCUACAGGCACAAGUUGCUGGGCACAGAAUACCACCAUGCCGCUGCCCAGACUCCACGCAGGAGGAGGCCCGACCGAGGGGUGGUCGUGUUCAGCCGUGACACGCAGACCGCGGACCUGAUCUCCGAGCCCCAGCAGUGCCCGUCCAGCGUCACCACGCAGAUGACCAGCGUCGGCUGUUACAUCUCCAACCUCACGGACAAGCUGCUCAGCCCGAGAGGUUACGUCACGGCCGACGAAUACCACUCCACCCGACUGGACGCCGUGAUACGACUGCAGGCGCACACUCGCCGCUGGCUCAGCACCCGGGCGGUGGACCGUCUGAGGAGACAGCGCGACCGGCGGCUGGCCUGGAUGGACCUCCAGGAGAGGAGGAGGCGGGAAGAGAGGGAGGAGCAGAUGCAGGACAGCCGCAACCGCUGGAGCCAGCCGCAGAAGAGGGAGGACCUCAACCUGCUGUACCACGCCCUGGAGAAGUGGAGAAGUGACAAGGAGCACCAGAUCAACACCACUCUACGAGGCUCCGAGAGGAAGGCCGCCCUCUGCUCGCUGCUGGAGCAGGAGACGCAGUACAUCGCCACCAUCGGACGCCACGGCAUCGCCAUCAGGAGCAACAACUACAACAAAGCUGUCAGGAAGUUCCUGGACAAGUCGUCCACGCCUCAUCAGUGGCGAGCGGCAGACGGCCGCCUGAUCGAGAUGGACACUCCUGACACCAUCAGGGCCCGAGAGCUGGGAGAUCUUUACGACUGUGUGGCCAUGUCGCCCAUCAGCCAGGAGCAGAGGCUGGACAUCCUGCUUUGCCUCAAGCAGACUGUGGAGGAGCACCCGUGUCAGCUGACACGAGACAUCGUGGAGUUGCUGCACCGAGAGGAGGACCUGAUGAGACGUCAGGUCAAGUCGACCAACCUGGAGGGUCUGAGGAAGAGACUGUCCACACUCUUCCUCCAGUUCAUCAGGACCCCAGGAUUCAACCCAGAAGUGGCCAAGCACCUGAAAGUGCCUAAGAGCCCCUCCAUGCUGAAAAACGACGUCUUCCUCUGCCACGGCUGCCAGCGCUACCUGUGCUCCUCCCAGUUCAGGUCGUGCGCCAAAGCCCACCUGGGCCGGCGCUGUCUGGACUGCACCAGACUGAGGAACAUCGCCGGGAGCCGUGACGACUUCUCCUGCUACAAGAACAUGCUGAAGAGACUGCGGGACAGCGAGCUGGUCCUCAACAAGGACAACACCAUCCCCUUCCUCCUGCAGGUGGAGGACCUGCAGUACCUGGUGGAGGUGAUCUGGGGCGCUCGCUCGGCCCUCAGCGCCUGCAACGACGCCUUCAGCCUGGCGCUGGUCCGGUGGGAACGCCACAAGGACUGGAGCCCCUGGAACUGCAUCCUGCUCAGCAAGGAGGAGGUGGCCGCUCACCUGCAGGUGGAGGACGUGCACAAGGUGUACGACGCACCUGUCAUCCACGGCGUGGAACACAAGCACCUGCUGGCUCGCCGCCAGUACAACCAGAUCCCCACCAUGGUGACGCAGGCGCCCAAAGCCACCGUCGCCAAGUAUGGCAAGUUGUUUGCGUCGGGGCGCAUUAAAGGGAAGACCACCUGACAGACCCGCCAUGAGUCCUUGACCACAUACAUGAUGUUGACUUGCUGUUCUAACCACAAAGUCUAUGGCUACUGUGGAGAAUGCAUAUAUGUUUAAGAGUUCUUUCUUUAUUCAUAGUCAUGUUUAAAUCAGCUAGUGUUUUUCCAUUUGUACUCUUUCUAUUUUUUUUUAUCUUAUGUCCGCAAGUAAACUGUGUGUUUUACCUUGAAGGCUUGGAAUGUAGGAGUUGGAGUACUCCCUUUAUAUCUUAUCUGUAUUAGAACAAUGAGGCUGUAUUCCUUUCUGGACAGGGUGGGGGCUUUCUUCAUAUUCAAGAAGUUGUCUCUUCCGUUUGAAUGUUAGACCAAUUCGAGAAGCCGGUAUGAAUGUGGGCUGGUCUCCUGAAGCUUUAGUAAAACUUGAUAAUAUUCCUA